AUGUUAACUUUGCGUACAGUAACUAUUUCUUUCAUAAUUUGCACAUCUCUAUUUAAAUAUUCAUUACAAGUAAAAUUUAUUCGAACCAUUGAAGCGAUUGGAUUACCUUAUUAUAAAAUAUCUUUAAAACUAGGAACUUGUCAAGAAAAUAUCUUGUUUUUCGAAAAUAAGGUGUGGCCAAUCGCCCGUAUGAAUAGAAUCAUGGACAUAUAUUAUAAAAGUGAAAUACGUGAAUACACUGUGUCAAGCGUGGAAGUGAAAUUAAUUAUUAAUGACACAGAUUGUUCAGGAUUUUCUGACUCAGGAGUUGGGUUUCCAGAGUUUACAGGCACAAUAUUUUUAGCAAAUAACAUGGGUCUCGCAUUUUAUAGUUUGACAAUAUAUACAUGCAAUCAAAUAAUGAGCAAAGUUAUUUCUAAUGGGGACCAAUUUGUUGCUAAGUUACCUUUUUAUAGUAAGAGGAUGAAAUCAAAUUCUUAAAGAGAUACAAAACUUGCAUGCAUUCCGCAUUGUAUAUCUUACAAUGCAUUUUUAUUAUAUAUCUAGGUGUAUAAAAUAAUAUAUGAAGUAAAUAAACAUUAGUGUUGU